AGGGAUGGGCAAGUGAAGAUCCUAGGAAUAAUGCUAGGUUUAGGAGGGGCAAUGGUGAUGACCUUCUUCAGGGGCCAUCAUGAAAGCCGACAUCUACAACAAUUAGGAUUAAACAUAGAGUCAUUUCCCUUGUCGCCAGUGCUCAAAUUCCUUGGCCAAAGUGGUGGUAACUUCAUAUUGGGAGCCUUUAUUGCCAUCAUUGGGUGUUCCUCCUGCUCAGCUUAUCUACUUUACCAGGAGACAAUAAUUGAAGAAUACCCUUGUAAACUCUCCCUCUCGUUCCUGAUCAACUUAAUGGGCCUCCUCCAGUGUGCAGUUGCUUCACUCAUAUUGGAGAAGCCCUCAGCCCUAAAUUUGCAGUGGAACAUGCAGCUCCUUCUCAUAGUUUGCAUUGGAAUUUGCAUGGGUGCAGAAAGAUUCAUCAUAAUAAUGUGUGUGAAGGAAAAGGGUGCAGUCUAUGUUUCAGCUUUCAGUCCCCUGAGUACAGUGAUAGUUGCCAUUCUUGAGCCUUUGCUACUGCAUGAACAGCUAACCUGGAGCUGCCAAAAAAUAGAAAUGAAAUGA